CUUUACGUAAUUCCGAUUCCGGUAGAUUGCAGUUCCGCCAUGGCCUCCCACAGCGAUAGCUCUAGCAGUGCAGGGUCUCAGCGAAGAGGAGUGAGGAAUCCUGCAGCACGGGCUACUGCAACGGAUAAGUACUCGGUGCUUCUCCCCACCUACAACGAGCGGGAGAACUUGCCUCUCAUCGUGUGGUUGUUGGUGAAGAGCUUCGAAGAAAGUGGAAACAACUAUGAAAUUAUAGUCAUAGAUGAUGGCAGUCCAGAUGGGACGCAGGAAGUUGCUCAACAGUUGGAAAAGAUUUAUGGACCAGAUAAAAUUCUUCUAAGGCCUAGAGCUAAAAAGCUAGGACUGGGAACAGCUUAUAUUCAUGGAAUGCAGCAUGCGACAGGAAACUUUAUUAUUAUUAUGGAUGCUGAUCUCUCACAUCAUCCAAAAUUCAUUCCAGAGUUCAUUAGGAAGCAAAAAGAAGGUAAUUUUGACAUUGUUUCUGGAACUCGCUACAAAGGAAAUGGAGGUGUCUAUGGCUGGGAUUUGAAGAGAAAAAUUAUCAGCAGAGUAGCCAACUUCUUAACUCAAAUUUUGCUGAGGCCAGGAGUUUCUGACUUAACUGGAAGUUUCAGAUUAUACCGAAAGGAAGUUCUACAAAAAUUAAUGGAAAAGUGUGUUUCUAAAGGAUAUGUCUUCCAGAUGGAAAUGAUUGUUCGAGCUAGGCAACUGAAUUUUACCAUUGGAGAGGUUCCAAUCUCUUUUGUGGAUCGAGUUUAUGGUGAAUCCAAGUUGGGAGGAAAUGAAAUAGUCUCCUUUUUGAAAGGACUGUUGACUCUGUUUGCCACUACAUAAGAUGACACUAUUCAUUUUAUAUUUAAAUUAUCUUGUUCAUUUCAUUUUAAACAUAAGACAAAAGACCUGGGUUGCUGAUUUUUAAAUUGUACUCUUAAACCAUAAACAUUAAGGUAAGGUAAAUUUCAUAUAUACCUUAAUUUUUAUUUCUGGAGGUCUGUGUAAAAGUAAAUUCACUGUGUAAAGAAAGAAGGAAUAAUCUUUAUGUCUGUUUACAGUUGUAAUGCUAUUUAUAAAUAAAUUUUAUAAGACUUUGGUUUGGAUAAAGCAUUGUUGAUUACUUAACACUAAAUUGGAUUUUCUUCUGUGCAGUUUUGAAAUAAUACUUAAUAGUAAAAGGAAAGCUUCUAACUUUGGGUAUCUAUGAAAUUUUAGCUUUUAAAAUAAUUGUUUCUAUACAUAAUUAAGAUAAAUACCUAAAAUGUUUACAUGACUUGAAAAACAUUACAAUUCACCAUUUGCUUUAAAAUAUCUUCUCUUAAACUAACAAGGAAAGCAACCAGCCUAUUUAAAUUAACAUUUUAGGUUUUUUGCCUCAUUGCAACUUCAAUAAGUAAAUCUGUUUUCACUGUUGAAUCUGUGAAAUACUGCAUUCUAAUAUAAAAAAUCAUAGUAAAAUUUAACCAAUUGACUGAUGAAAAUAUUAAAUAUGUUUUGAAUGUAUGAAACUUGUGUAUAGCUAUAAAUUCAUAAUGUUAAGCUGUUAAGAACUUUUUCCUAAAUGAGAAAAAGAAUCCAAUUCUACAGGAUUCAAUUCUUGCUAGUUCUAGUGAUUUAAACUUUGGUUUGGAUAAAGCAUUGUUGAUUAUUUAACACUAAAUAGUGAUUUAAAAAGAACUUACUGAAUUCCUUUUUCUUGGACUUUUUUUCCUUAAGAAAUACAUUUUUUAAUUAAUGGA